AUGUCUGGAUCCAUGCACCGCCUAGCUCGAUCCAUUGGCUGCCUUGUCAAUUCAAGUCUUCUUAGCGUAGGGUGCACCGCCAUGAGUCGGCGUUCGGUUUCAAUAGGAGUUACCCCUUUUCUACGAUUUCCCAGGAAAAGCACGCAUCGACAUCGUGGGGGAAAUACGCAUAAAACGCAGGUCCUGAACUCGACGAUUUUAGUCGGCGCGCCGCCCAACCCCAUCGAGGGGAGGAGGGAUGGUGAUGUGGCCCUCCCUCCCCUGCGUUGCCCAGGCGGACCGCGGCUUAAGUCGGUCGCUCUGAAACAGCUCUUCAAGGUUCCACACGCGGGGUACCUUGCGAAGUACGACCAACGCUUCAUUAUCAAUCUAAAGCUCACCCAUCAGCUCAUCUCCAAGCUUGCUCGAACGGCGUUUCGCACGCCGGAUAAGUUGUUAAUCGAACUCGGGCCUGGGGCAGGGUCGCUAACGCGGAGUCUGCUCACGCGGCCAUGCGUUGGGGUUUUUGGGAUCGAAAUGGAUGAACGCUUCAACCCCCACCUCGAGCAAAUCCGAAUCCUCACCAAGGAUAAGUUCAAAUGGAUUAACGCCGAUAUGCUGAAGAUAAGUGAGUUGGAUGCCAUAAGGGCACACUUCCCACGGUUUUACCGCAUGAACAUUCGGAAAAGACCAACAGAGGAAGAGGAGGGGGAGGUGAUGAAGGAUACGGCAGCCCCGUCUGCUUCACCUUUCCAAGACAACGCCACCAAGGGGUUUGAUGAUGAUCGGCCGAAUUCAUCGAAUUUAGGAAUACAGAGCCGUACGGGUGAAAAUUGGCGGGAAGGAAGCAAAGAUGACGGAGAAGGUGAGGGUGAUGACUUCGCGCCACUUCGUAGCCGCAGUCGGGAUCUUCUUCUACGGAAACGCCUCCCUCGUUUCGGCUUUGACAAGGACCCCAACGAGGGAUUCCAGACGCGCUCCAAACGCGCUCGUUGGGAAAGCGACGAGGGCAUCUCCCCAAACCCCGCCCUGGAUGUGAGCGAUGGCUGGUGGGCUAAUGGGGAUGCGAAGGUGGAGGUGGUCGCGAACCUGCCGUUUGACAUCAUCACGGAGCUUUUGAUGCGGUAUGCGGUAGAUUGCUCGCGCAAGGCCGGGCUCUUUGCGUUUGGCCGAGUUCCACUGCACAUUUUCACGCAAAAAGAGGUGGCGGAUCGCAUUGUGGCGCAGCCCGGAUCGGUUCACUUUUCCAGGCUCUCCGUGCUCUGUCAGGCAUACUUUCACGUGAAGACGGUGCGGGUGUUUCAGGAGUGGACGUAUUACCCCCGGACGGAGGUUUUGGGUGCGUUGCUGACGCUGGAGCCCCGCUCCGUGCCCCUCACCGGUGGGGAUGCCUUUGACGGCGCCACGCUGAUUCAUUUUACGAAUUUUUUCAUGGCCCCCGGGCAACGAGGCGCCUCUGUGCAUAAGGCGUUGCGUGGGUUCAUGCCGGAUGAGGUCGCGCAGCACAUCCUGCAGGAAUCCCGCAUGGACGGCGCCACCGCGGUCUUGGAAGUCUCCGUCGAGGAGCUGGUGAAGAUGGCCGUGAUGUGGAAGCGCUUCUUGACGGCCUCGCAGCAGAACUCAAUGGCGUGA